AUGCCCCCCUGCCUGGACGGGGACCUGGGCACGAUCAGCCCCUGGGGAGCCGAGUCAUCUGAGGAGGAGGAUCAGUGGGCUGCAGGUGGAGAUGAUGUUCCUGCUGCUGUGGAGCCUCCUGGACCAAAACCUCCUGCAGUGAAUCCACCACCAGUUUGGAAUUUGUCCUGUGACCAGAGCAGCUUUAACUUGGUGUUUUCACUUUCUGAACUCCAGGAUCCAGGUGUUAAGAAGACCUCAGAGGCCAAAUCAACAAGUUUGAUCCUGAAUCAGACCAAAGAGAUGAUCCGGACCAAGAAGGCCGUCAGACAGGACAUGUCUCUGGGGUGUCUGACGCAGCGUUUCCUGGAGAUGCUGCUGACGGCGCCGGAUGGUUCCCUGGACCUCAGGCAGGCGAUGGCGAAGCUGCAGACCCGCAGGCAGCGAGUCUCUGACAUCACCAACAUCCUGCACGGCAUCAGCUUCAUCGAGAAGCUUUCGGCCAACAGGGUGAAGUGGAUAGGGAAGAGUCCGAUCAGCUGGUUCCUGUGCACGAACAGAGAGAAGUUACAGAGAGAGCUGGAGAACCUGAAGCUGGUGGAGGACACGCUGGACUCCAUCAUCAGAACCUGCAGACAGCAGCUUUUCAACACGACCAACGACACGGAAAACUCUGCGAUGGCCUACGUGACCCACGAGGACAUCAGCCGGGUCAGAGCCUUCCAGGACCAGACGCUGUUUGUUGUCAAAGCUCCGGAGGAAACUAAACUGGAGGUUUCUGCACCCGGAAAGAUGCAGGACAGAAUCCAGGUCCGUCUGAGGUCGCGGUCCGGUCCCAUCAUGGUGCAGACCUGUGAUAUCAGAACAGGAGACGGUGUGACCAGAGAGACGAGCGGCUGCUUCGUGACGCUGGCGAAAAGCCGGAUAAAGAUGGCCAUGCAACACACAGCUGGAAUCAGAAGACCUGUGACCCAGGAGGACCGGGACUGGGCUCUGCAGUCUCUGUCUCAGCUCGGACGUUUCACUGGGAUGGGAUGGAUUUUGAGCCCAGAAGCACCUCAGACUCUUCCCGUCAGGACGUUUGAUGUGUCUCAUCCAAUCUGAAGACAGGACUCUUCAUGUGAUCAGCUGGUCUGACGUGACUGGAGCUCUUCCCUGAGCCGAGGGCGAAGCAGCAGCACAGAGGAGACUGGACAGUUCCUGCUCGGUGGAUCUCUGACGAGUGAGAACUGAGAUGCUCCCGCAGGUCUCUGAGUCGGAGCUUCUUUCUGGACUUAGAUGAAGUGUCUGGUUCCCUGACACUAAAACAAACUCGUUAACUGCCUCAUCAGAUCAGGACCAGAGCCAACAGCUGUCACCUGAAUGUGUGGACUCCAAAGACCUGACAUGGCUUCUUAACACUGACACUGGAAACAUUUUAUAAAUGUUCUGUCAGAGAUUUUCACGAUCUGUUCUGAUGUUCUUUGAUUUCAUUAUGACAUUUUUUGUACUUCAGUCACAUGUUUCUGGAUAUAAAGACUAACACUUUUUAA